AUGAAAUACCGGCAUCGUUUCAAAUGUCGACGUGGUGGCCGUCGUAUUGCGAAAGGGAAAAGCAGUGAAAGUAAUCCAUCGAUAACUCGACAUCGUGAAGCUGCAAGAGCAGCUCGUACCGCUCAGAAAAUACCAUUCACACCAAUAGAUGAAAAUUACGAUGCCAAAUUGAACGAUGAAGAUGCAGUGCUGGAGCAGAUACCCUUGCAUAGAAUGCAAAUUGAGGAUGCGGACGAAAUUAAAAGUAUGAGAAGUAACUUUUCGGAGCUAACUUCGACGAAAUCAGAACUUUCGCAGUUUACAUCUUGUACAAAUCCAACCUUCGAUCCUGUGCAUCGUAUCUGGAGAUCGGGAUCAGUGUUGCAAAAUGAAGUGCUUGCCGUGCUUGCGGCUACAGCAGAAUUGAUUAAAGAUACUGAUGGAACAGAAAGUGAUGCUGAGUAUUUCGCUGCACUUUUGACAGUUAUCGAAGCAAUGCCUGCAGUGAAUGAAUCGAAAUUAGCUGCAGCUGCUUAUUUGUUAGGUCUUGUCGCUAAAAAAAUCGACAAAAGUGUGUCACGGAAAUGCUUUUCUCGAGCACAUCAGAUUCUGGAAAAUAAGCUUGGCAAGACUCAACUGGAUGUUGCUCUGGCGAAACUUAUCACUACAUUAGGGACGAUUUUGCAUCAACAAGCUGCCAGCAUUUGGCAAAGUAGCAAUACCAGGCUCUCACUAGUGAAAAUUGAAAUGUUUGCGAUCCAUGAUAAGUCUUCGGUUCGAUCUGCUGCUCGACGAACUCUACGCACCAUUCUUAACGAUCCUAUUAUGAUUACAUCUAAUGGUUACCACCGGGGAGCCGGUAUUGUCGGUGAAGUGUUGAUCAAACAGUUGGAACAGAAUGCCGUCAAUAUAGACAUUGACUUAUUACUUCGAUUGUUAUGUCUGGCGGAAAAUAUUAUGCAUAAAAUGCCACCUUCGAUAUUCAAAAAGUUUGCGGAGACGACAUUUACAUUGCUGUCUAUUUCGGAUUCUAGUCUAAGAUCCACAGUUUUCCAAUGUUUUCGAAAAAUUCUACAGCAGCAGCCACCUGAUACAACUUUACCCUUCAAUACCAAUGUUCUUUUGAUUGGUCUUUUGCGCGAUUUCUCGUCGAGAUCCAUGGACCUCUCUGUUAUAUGUUCCUGGAUGGAGGCUCUUUGUGAAUCGCAUCUUUGUCUUGCUACAAAAGAUCUUGUAAAAUCAAUGGCAACGCUGAGAGCUUCACUGAAACCGAUUUUCCAAACAUUUGAUUUGGGGAAAGAUUCUGUUGCCUUGAUAACUUACAAAGUAAUUAGUCGCAUAAUUGAACAUUGUGUGCAAUCAAAUGAGGAAUUAGCAAGUUAUUCUGUCGAUUUAUGUGAGGAGGCUUUGAAUCCACGAAGUACUGGAGUGUGGCAAUAUGUUCUUCGCACUGAAACAAGGAUAUUCGAAGUUUGCAAAGGUGCUAUCAACCAUGAAUCAUUUGCGCGUGCACUAAAAACUCUGGCGGCAUUACGCAACGAUGUUAAUUGCUGCAUUAUACCUGAUAUUGACUUGGCUAUUGGAAUAGCAGUACGACAUAUUGGUGCUGAGAACGUUUUGCGAGUUUUACCUUUGGAAUUGGAUCCUCAAAAUGUAUCACUAGUAACCCAUUUCGAAAGAUCUUGGCUUAUGCCUGUCCUGCGCAUAAAUAUUCGCAACCAGUCAAUUGCUUUUGCAUUACAAUAUUUUUUACCAUUAGCAUACCGACUUCGAAAGGAAGCGCCGAGUGAUGUUGUGAGACAAAAAACUUUUGUUACUAUCAGUGACCAGUUGUGGGAUUUAUUACCCGGUUUAUUGAGCUCAGCAACUGAUUUUGUGCAGAAUUUUCCCCAUUUAGCUGAAAUUUUGAGUAAAGUUUUACUUGAACAACGUGAUCUCCGUCUUAUCGUGCUAUCAUCACUUCGCAGUGCGCUUCGUUACGCGCUCCAACCGGAUGCGACAGAAGCAAAAAAGGAUGUAAUGCGAUUUUUUGCAUACAGUUUCUUGCGAAAGUUAUUUACUUUGUACACCCUAUCAAAUACUACCAUGGAAUCUAUGGAAGGCAUAACUGGAAAUAGUUUGAGAACUCUGCGAUGCUCUGUUCUGGAAACUGUUCGUAUGUAUGUACAGUUGACGCCAAAUAAUGUGAUUGAUAAUUUCAUAAAUUUGGCUGUUGAAAAGACACAAAUCAAAGAAAUGGAUUUGGACCAAAAAAUUCGGGUUUUGGAUAUUAUGGCUGCACUUGUGAAGAAGGCAAGUGUAUCGGGAUUAGACAGUAUAUUUUCUACCGUACACCCGUGGUUUAUAAACAGUGAAGUAGCGCUUCAGAAGAAAGCAUUCCGCAUUUUGGAAGAAAUUAUGAAACGAAUAAAUGAUGAAGCUGUGGCAGACUUUUUUGCUUCGAGCGCCGAUGAAAUAAAUAAUGUGCUUGAUCAGGAUUUGGAUAGUAUUGCGAAGAGUGCACGGGCAGCACUAACCGCUAUAUAUCAUGUGAAAUUAUCUUCUUUGACUUCAUUUGAAUGUGCAGAAAUUUUUGAAAAAAAAUUCCUUCCAAGAAUUAUUGUCUGUCUUGAUAAGUCACACAAUAUUCGGACACGUUCAAAUGCAUUGAGAUGCUUCGUGAAACUAUGUCAACAACUAAUACUUUUCGGUUCAUAUGAGAGUAAGAGUCCGUCAAGUGUACUUCAUCCAGUACUGACUAGAAUUUUUGAUAUGUUAAAUCCAGAAGGAUUAUGCCCAAAUGAAGAUCCACUCGAAAUCUUGCGAUCAUCAACCAUUGCUUUGAAUGUCAUAGCUCAGAAAUUUACUCGUAUUUUGGAUGCUUCAUUGCUGAGCCGUCUUGUAGCACAUGCAUGUAGCUGGAUUGGUGAUGAACGGCCAGUGAUUAGAGUGCUAAUUAUCAGAUUAUUGCGAAUGCUAACAAAGAAAUUACCAGACUAUACAAUGCGACAGUAUCAGGAACUCCUACUGUCGGCUGUGUUCGACAGUCCGUUAACGGCGAAUGUCACGCAAAAGAUCCGCAAAGCGAAUAGACUUCUGCUUGAGGUUUUAGUUGAUAGAUAUGGUGUUGAAGUUUUGAUGAGUCGAACAAAUAAAUUGGAUUGGAUUAAGCAACUGAAAGCAAUUGCUAAAAUGAGAUACCGCCGUGAACGCCAGCGUACAACAGAGAUGCAAAACAUGGACACCGGUAGAGGGCAAGACCAUGACAUGGCAUCCGUGGCCUCAAGUGCUCGAACUGCAGGUGCAGAUACAAUACUGAAUGUGGUCUGCAAUACCGACAGUGAAAGUGAAGUAGAAAUGGAUCGUGAGUCAAUUGGAGGUCGAACACGAGGCAGCUCGAUGUGGUUAAAGAAUGAUAAUGAUGAAGAUAUGAUGGACCUACUCGACCGAAAGAAAAUACUGAAAAGGAUUGCAACAUCUCGGUCUCUCUUAUUGGAAGAUAAAAAGUUACAGGAACUGAAUGACGAUGAUAAUAACAAAUGUGGUAAUGAUUUCAAAGUGGCGAAAGAUGGACGAUUAAUAAUUGAAAAUCUGGAUAUGGAUCAACAAGACAAAAGGAAACGAAAGCGACCUGGAAAAUUUUUAAAUAUCCUGGACAAGAAGAUGAAAAGAGACAGUGAUUCGAAGAGCGAUAGCGAUAGUGACUAUCCCAACAGAGUCAUAAAUAAGAACAAAUCUGGCUGGAAACCUGGUGGGAAAGGUAUUCACAGGAAUGUUCGUAUAAGUUCCACUGACACCACAUCCGACAAAGGAUUUUCGAAGAAGCAAGCUUCUGCAGAUGUAAGAAACAGCGCAAAAUAUGAGCCAUAUUUAUAUAUACCGAUCAAUAAACGUCGAAGAGAAAAGAAUGAAAUGAAGAUGUUAAUAAAAGGGAUAAAGAAAGGAGCUACAAUUGCUUCGAAAGUAAAGAAAGUGCGUUGCUGA